AUGAAGAACUACCAAAUCCCUAAUUCCGGUGCCAAAACGAGAGGAUCCAAAUACACCGGCCAAUCCAUAAAACCACUCCCAAUCCACAUCCUCACAGUCGGCAAAACCAGAUCGCUGGGAGUCCAAUUGAUAGUUAAGGACUACGUGGACAAAAUCAAACCCUACUGCCCGAUUCACGACCUUAGAAUCCGAUCCAACCCCAAGAACUCAACCGAUCCAAGGAUCCAGAUUGAAAACGAAGAGAUAGGUUUCAUGAAUUUCAUCAAACAAGAUGAUUGGGUGGUGAUGUUGGAUGAAAAUGGAAUCGAUUUGAAGUCUGAGGAAAUGGCAGACUUGAUCGGGGAUGCUGGAACUGGAAACAAAGGAAGUGGUUCAAGAAUGGUGUUUUGCAUUGGAGGGGCUUAUGGGCAUGGGAUGAAAGUGAGGGAGAGAGCUAAUCUGAGGGUAAAAUUGUCAUCUUUGGUACUUAAUCAUGAGAUUGCAUUGGUGGUUCUUGUUGAGCAGCUUUAUAGAGCAUGGACUAUUCUGAAAGGCCAAAAAUACCAUCAUUAG